AUGUCGUCAGCCCCAAAUCUGGAAGUCGUCGAAGCGGCACGAGCUGACUACCCUGCUGUCGAGAAAGGUCUCCCGGCUGAGAAACCUGCUGUCUACAAAGGCGACAUCGCAACUGCCGACAGCGAAGUCGACUAUGAUGCACUGGUCGGCCCAAAUGGCGAGCAAUACCCCACUGCAGAGGAUAUCGUCUCCCUCCGUCGGACUUACGGCAACAUCCCGUGGAUGAUUUACACCAUUGGAUUUAUUGAGCUCUGUGAGAGAUUCGCGUACUAUGGAACUACAGCAGUCUUCGUCAACUUCAUUUCAUACCCUCUUCCACCGAAUAACAACGCGGGCGCGGGGCAGGCCGGUGGUGCCAAUGACCAGUCUGGUGCCCUGGGCCUUGGCCAGCAAGCAUCCACUGGACUGACCCUUUUCAACGCCUUUUGGAGUUACGUUAUGCCUUUAUGGGGUGGGUACCUGGCCGAUACCUUCUUUGGGCGCUUCAGAACGAUUUACUACGCCAUUUGGAUUGCCAUGCUUGGACACGUUAUCAUCAUCGUCUCGGCGAUCCCAUCCGUAAUCACCAACCCUAAUGGUGCUAUCGGCGCGUUCGCAGUCGGUCUCAUCUUCUUCGGUGUUGGUGUUGGAUGGUUCAAGUGCAACAUCUCGCCACUGAUAGCGGAACAGUAUGAGAAGCACCAUCCUCGCCAAUACGUGCAGACACUGGCCUCUGGAGAGCGCGUCAUCAUCGACCCGACGCUGACUCUGUCUCGCAUCUACAUGCGCUUCUACCUCAUGAUCAAUAUUGGAGCGCUCGUCGGACAGCUGACGAUGGUGUUUGCGGAGCAUUAUGUCGGAUUCUGGUUGUCUUUCACCCUUCCAACCAUAAUGUUCCUCUUCUGUCCCUUGGUCAUGCUCGUCUGCAAUAAGCGCUAUGUCAAGCGUCCACCUACCGAGUCAGUGCUAGGCAAGUCUUUCCAGCUUAUUAGCCUAGCUCUUAAAGAUGCCUGGUCUUUGAACCCUGCCAAAUUCCUUCGCAACGUCAAUGCUCCGGACUUCUGGGAUCGGGUGAAGCCUAGUAACGUUACCAACAAACCCAAAUGGAUGACUUUCGACGAUGCCUGGGUUGACGAGGUCCGCCGAGGUCUGAAGGCUUGUGCCGUGUUCACGUUCUUCCCGAUCUAUUGGCUGAGUUACGGGCAAUCUACCAACAACAUGGUCAACCAGGCUGCCACCCUGAGGACUGAUGGAGUCCCCAACGAUGUGAUCAACAACCUCAAUCCUCUGGCACUCAUCAUCUUCAUCCCUAUUGUCGACAUGUUUGUAUAUCCUUUCUUGGCCCGGAUGGGCUUCCGGUUCACACCUAUCAAGAAGAUAGCCAUGGGGUUCGCCAUGGGUACCUUGUCUAUGAUGACUGCAGCGAUUAUUCAGCACUAUAUCUACCAGAAGUCUCCAUGUGGCAACAAUGCCAGCGACCUCGGUGAAGGUGGAUGUGCGAGUGAGCUUGGUCCGCCUAACAUCUCCGUGUGGGUACAGGCUCCGGCCUAUAUCCUCGUUGCAUUCUCUGAGAUCUUUGCUUCGAUCACUGCACUUGAGUAUGCCUUUACAAAGGCCCCGAAGAACAUGCGUGGGGUUGUUACGGGCGUCUUCUUCUUCGCCAACGCCUUCUCUUCUGCACUCGCGCAGGCCUUCGUCAGUCUGGCCACAGACCCGCUAUUGAUCUGGCUAUACACUACCGUGGCAAUCAUCAGCGCUGCUGGUGGCAUUGGGUUCUGGUUGUGCUUCAGGAAGCUAGACAAGGAGGAAGACGCACUCAAUGCUUUACCAGAAAGCACCUACAAGGGUAGGGUCCCGGGCGCCGUAGAUGUUGAGGCAGCUGCCGCGGAGCAGGCACAACAGGAUAAGAUUAGGAAGGCUCAGGGUCUUGCAUGA